UUUUGUUGAAUUCAUUACAAAAUAUUUAAUGGGAUUUACAAAUCUUGCAAACACUAUUAUCUGGAUUAAGGAUAACUAACAUGUCUAAUACACGUUACUUUUAAUAGAUUUUGAUAACUUGUUGAAAAAUUGAAAAAUCUUAAACUUGUGUAAAACUGGUCUACAAAAUGCCAUCAAAUACUUUACCAUUAAUUAUAAUAAGUGCCAAGGACUCAGAACAAGCUAAACUCCUCGCUACUGAAUUAAUAAACAACAAAGACGAUGGCGCUGAGGUUAAUGGUUCUGCCCAAGAAAAUUUCACUUGGCGCUUGCAAAACAAAUAUUAUUCUGCCAAUGUCAGGAUACUUCCGGUGGGAGAUGGUGAUACAGUUGAAAAUGAUGUGUUGAGCUUGGCCGAAGCUCACAUCAUCUACAUUGCUAAGGAAGAGAAAGAUUUAGCCGAACUGGCACAAAAACGGGCAGCAAAUGUGAAUAAUGCUGAGGUAGAAGUCUAUUUAUUACUGUACGAAGGAUCAAAGACACCAAGCGUAUUAGCUACCUGGGCAUGCAAUAACCACUAUGAAGUCAUUCCUCUCAAAGAAACGGCAUCGUCUCAUUCUGAUGAUGAGGAAGAUGAUCCAGAAGGACCCUUCAAAGAAACUUACGGCAUUGAGAGAGCCAGAGAUACUUUACACGCACACACUUGGACGGGCCUAGAAAGAAUUGACAUUCCAUCACAACUUCAAUCUUUAGAUGGACUGACACUAUCAUCUGAAGACGAAUACAUUGGCAGAGAGGACGAAGAAGAAGAUUUGAAUGAGGAGCAGAUGGUGGAGCGGGCAGAGGCAUUCGCCAUGGCGCUGGAGACUGUGCUACACGCGCAGGCUUCGAGGGGAGAGGGGGACGAUGAGAUGCGCAGGCGCCGCGCCGAGGAGGCAGUAAAUGCAUUACGACGAGCCCUCGGACCGGAUUUCGAUUGGCUGUAAAUUUUUUUUUACAAAAUUUAAUAGGCAAAGACGUAUAUAUUAGUUGUUUUAGGACAAAAUAUUUAAAACUAGAUUCCCUUCCUUGUUAUUUAAAUACUGUAUGUUAAUAAUGUAAAUAAAU